AUGCAGGAUCCGGUGCUCCAGGCGCAGACGGCAUCAGAGCCGCUGACGCUCGACGAGGAAUACGAGAUGCAGCAAAGCUGGCGCGACGACGACGAUAAACUUACGUUCAUUGUGAUGGCGCUCACGCACGACGUACCGCGCAACGUCGAUACGACGGCUCUCCUCUCGGCCUGCGCCAUGGUCGGCGACGUGAAUGUAUUCCUUACCCCCCACUACGGCGACGACGAGGAUGCACCACCAAGCACGUACGCAGAGAUGGAAGUGAUGAUUGCGGAACAUGCAUGGCGCCGUCGCGGUCUUGGACGCGAGGCGGUGCAGAUGCUCCUGCAUUACAUUACGCAGGCGGCGGGACCGCCGUUUCCCCUUGAUCCUAGUUGCCUAUUUGCACGAAUUUCUAUGAGCAACGCGCCGUCGAUCGCCCUAUUUGAGCAGCUCGGCUUCCAAGUUGUAAAGGAAAACACAGUGUUUGAGGAGGUGGAAAUGACCGUCGUGGACGCCGCGCGUCUGCAAACCAUAGCGCCGGUGGCCGUGCUGGCGUGGCCCUAG